AUGACGAACAGUUCAUACUUCUGCCCAGUUUACAGGGAUCUGGAACCAUUCACGUACUUUUUUUAUUUGGUUUUCCUUGUUGGGAUUAUUGGGAGUUGCUUUGCAGCUUGGGCUUUCAUGCAGAAGAAAACAAACCACAGGUGUGUGAGCAUCUACUUAAUUAACUUGCUGACGGCCGAUUUCCUGCUUACGCUGGCAUUGCCAGUGAAGAUCGUGGUCGACCUGGGAGUGGCUCCCUGGAAGCUGAGGAUAUUCCACUGCCAGGUAACAGCCUGCCUCAUCUACAUCAACAUGUACCUGUCCAUUAUCUUCCUAGCCUUCGUCAGCAUGGAUCGCUGUCUUCAGUUAAUACACAGCUCCAGGAUCUACCGAAUACAAGAGCCUGGAUUUGCCAAAAUGAUAUCGGCCGUGGUGUGGCUUAUGGUCCUUCUUAUUAUGGUGCCAAACAUGCUCAUCCCUAUCAAAGACAUCAAGGAAAGGUCCCAAGUGGGUUGCAUGGAUUUUAAACAGGAGUUUGGAAGAAACUGGCAUGUGCUCACCAACUUCCUAUGUGUAGCAAUAUUUCUGAAUUUCUCGACCAUCAUUUUGAUCUCUAACUGUCUUGUAGUUCAACAACUCUACAGAAACAAAGACAAUGAAAAUUACCCACAAGUGAAAAGAGCUCUCAUCAACAUACUGUUGGUGACUGCAGGAUACAUCACGUGCUUUGUUCCUUACCACAUUGUCCGAAUCCCCUACACCCUCAGCCAGACAGAAUUUAUAUCAGACUGUGCAACCAGGAUCUCGCUCUUCAAAGCAAAAGAGGCCACCCUGCUCCUGGCUGUGUCAAACCUGUGCUUUGACCCUAUCCUGUACUAUCAUCUCUCAAAAGCAUUCCGCUUGAAAGUCACUGAGACUUUCACCUCCCUGAAGGAGACCAAGAAUUUGUCUCCUGAAGACAAAGCCAGCUGUGGUGAUGGCGUAUGAACGGCUGAAGUUCACAGACUGCCACUUUCAACCGUCCUGGUCCACAGUUAAAUGCAAUUGUUGAAAGGAAAGAAUGAACCGCAAUAAGAAAUAAAAUGCAGACAACUAGCAAAUGUGGACUGAAUGGUAAAUUGGUAAAUGCAAGCUAAGCUUGUACUCUACUGACAGUGAUUGAUACAACUUAACCCUCAUAUUGCUACAAAACCCUGGAGUCUCACAGGCUUGAUGUCCAACUCCCAACUCACAAGAACCCUGAAACCCAAUACAGGUGCAUGAUAUAUACUCAGAAGUAUUUAUGAUGUAUUCAUGUAAAUGUCUAGAGACAAUGUUGAUUGCAAAAAAUGCAAAAUAAUCUCCAUGUAGGUAAGAAGCAAAUCCUUGAGCAACAUAAUGUUAAAGGUCUUUAUAUCACUUAAAUUAGAAAAAAAUGCCAGAUGAAUGAAACUACCUAUGUCUCAUCUAUUUUUAAAUCAUUUAAAACAUCUCUCUACUACUCCAAUUUUUAAUAUUUAAUAACAUAAA